UAACUGCUACCAUUGUACCUAAUUCUGUCCGACUCGCCCCAAUGGGAUUAGGUAGGGAUUGAAAAAUCAGUCACCUUUGCUCUUGUUAAACUUAGGAAACGAGAGCUCGCAAGCCAUGAUAGGUUGGGGAGGAAAUAAGUUGCUUGUUUCUCGGCUAAGAGGAUGUAUCCAAUGGACCAGAUCGCCCUGUUAUUGUCCAUUUGUAUGAGUGUUUUACCGUAUCGAUCGGCAGUCAUCGUGGGACCAACGUUCGAAGGCCACGCUUAUUAAAAAGGAGAACGAGACUUCGCCCUUCAAGAUCCCACCAACCUCUAACGUUGACCAUCCACUCUCUCUCCUAACACAACUAGAACUAUAUCACUCUGCCCAGACGGAAACCGACGCAUUCCACGAAGACGUCCUCUUGAACUCAAGUAGAGGAACCUGCCACUAUCCACAACCGAUAUCUGCGUCAACGCUGUCCACUGCUUCUGGCAUGUCCGGUACGGGUGGCGGAUCUAGCCAAGCCGUGGCGUAUUUUGACUUCGAAGAUUGCGUCGAGUACACGGCAGACGGCAGGUCCAUACUGCACGCGAGCCAUCUCUGGAAAUGCUGCAGGUGUCAGAAUCGUUACCUUCCCCAGGAGCACAUGUGCACACUCUGGGGGUGCCGCCACCUUCGGUGCGGCCGUUGCAAGUGGAGACUGCGGCGUAGAUAUAGGCGGUAGAUCCCUCCCUAAUACCGUCCUUGUCGUCGUUGGUUGACCGCCGAGGAAUGGCGAUGUGGUCACGAGUCGCGUUGAGUUUCUUCGAGAUGUCUAUGAUAAACCACGGCUCCUAGAUACCCCUAGGGGCUACUUCAGAUAGGGACUUCUGAAGCAAGAGGCGUGGGGAGUCUCUAAAUAGAAAUCUCACACCUUCCACCUCGUUGUUUUCUG